CCCGUUACCCGUGCCACUUGUUCGGCACCACCGAGACGACGCGCCGCAUACGUGUUCCGAGGACGGCCGGUAGUGUUCGUAUCCAGUGUACCUACAGCGAGUCGCGACGACGGCGGCGUAUACGUUACUGCACAAUCCGCAUACCGAUAGCGCGCAUACGACUCGGUCCCGCGGCGCACCGGAGACGCGUUUCCGCGCACUUAUGUUAUUAUCAGCACUCCGUGUCGCUGUGCAGCACAGUACCGUUCACUGCGACAACGCGUAACAACAAUUAUUCGUCCGGCGGUGCAAGGACCUCGUCAUGAGCAGGGGCGCCAUCGUCAACAGAGGGAACGACGGCAGCGGCGGAACCAGGAGCACCGCCAAUAACAGCGCCGCAAAGAGCUGCAACAAGAGCAAGGCGCUCACAUAUCUGCUGUGGCUGGUGGGCGGCGUGUGCGGGCUUCACCAUUUCUACCUGGGCAGGGACUUGCAAGGCGUACUGUGGUGGUGCACGUUCGGCGGAUACUUCGGGUUCGGUUGGCUGAGGGACGCGUUCUACAUCGGCGAGUACGUGGCCGACGCCAACAAGGACGAGAAAUACAUGAAAAAAGUCGACUACAUGGUUCGGGUAUACGAAAAGGUGAGCGGGGCGUAUUAAUUAUUAAAUAACGACGUAUUGUACGUGACAAGAUACAGGCGGGUAAUAUUUGCAGCAGUUUCCGAUUGGUCGGUUGUUUUGCUUCGGUUUCCAAAAACCUUUCGGGAAUCGAAACUGCGUUUCCGCCGCGCUAUCCCCGCGUCAACACAGUGUCGGAAAAUGAAACGAUACACAAGGGCGACGCCGCGCAAUAAGAAUAUUAUUGGUUUACGGGCGACGGGAAAACGAAAAAACGGUCCCCGAGGCCCGAAUUCGCGGCGCGUUGUAUCGCGAUACAAUAUACAGGGUGUAUCCGUAGGAUAUUCAGUCAAUCGCAAUAUUUGCAGUAAUCGACGUGGUCGGAUCUCGGCGCGGACCGCAUCCUGUAUGUUCGCCGUAUCCCCGGGCGUACGCUAUGAGACGGUAUACGUAAACGAUGUGGUUUCCGCAUAGGUAGCGAGUAUAUAUAUAUAUAUAUAUUAUACGGCGACCCGGCGCGAAAGAGAGUAGAUGUCGGUAGAAAGGGUCGGGUCGGACGACAAACGAUGAGACUGAUGGGCAUUGAGGGAAAAAAAAAAAGUAAUAACGAAACAAAAAAAAAAAAAAAAAUGUACACCGCGAGAGAAAUGAAACGUUAUUAUUAUUAUACUCGCUAUACCGGGUACGAGUUUCCGAUUUCCGCCUACAUAUUAUAGGCCACCGACUCACUGCCGGCGAUCCGUCCAUAUAUAAUAUGUGUGUGACAGAUUUCUCUCGUCGAUCACCUUGAACUCGCGUGGCGAAUUGUCGUGACGGAUGAGCAUACUCGGGUUUAGGUUUAUUAUUAUUAUUUUUUAUUUUUUCGCACGGGACGUUUUCACGGAUUCCGGUCAAAAAAUACAAACAGCAUAACCUAGAAUAUUAUUAUUAUUAUUAUUAUAAAUGAAAAUAUGGGUCAACUCGGUACAGAAACUGGAUUGCUCGUCGUGCAUGUCUAUAUAUUAUAGAUUCCGUACAACGAGUAAAACGUCGCGGUCAAAACGUUGUCCCACGGACACCUAUAAUGGAUUUCCGGUGGCGAUAAUAUUGAUAAUCCAAAGCAUUGAUAUGAAUUCGAACACUUCUUAUACAUUCGACUUGAAAAUAUAAUUAGGAGUCGUUUAUAAUUUGGUUUUUCCAUUCAGUCCCGUUGGCUCAUCCCCCUCUUCCCCAAAAGACGGCAAUAAUUAUAACUUUUAUAUUAUAUUAUAUUCAAUUUGUAUCAGUUUAUAAUUAUAAAUAUCGACAAAUCGACAUUUGUUUAACUACAAUAUUUUCGCCAUAUUUUUGUCAGUUGAACUAUCGCCCAUAUUUGUAUUAUUUUUUUCUAUGACGUGUUCUUUAACCGCGACGAUUAUUGUUUUUCGAGUUUCUACUCACUACCUUAUACUCGUAUUUCUUUACACACUGCAGUACUACCAUUUUGAAUUUUAAAUCUACACUAUGGUAAUAAUUGAUAAUACUAUACGUGGCAAUAUAUCUGGACAUGAACGAUCAUUAAUUUGACCCAGUGACGUGCCCAGGGGCAGGUGAGCCCAAUGGGGAACUUCAGCCCUCUGUCCCUCCAUUAGUUGUGCUAAAACACAAACACAUAUUAGAAACUAUUCAACAUUGAGAAUUUAUUACUACCUAAUAAAAUAAUCGUUUCACAUUUACACAUUUCACUGUCUGUAUACUUACUCGAGUGAAUACAAAUAGAAUUGUAAGUAUUAUACAAUAUUUUGUUAGAUUGUUUAUAAUUAUUUAGUAUUUUUCAAAAUAACCUCGAAAAAAUUUUUUUACAAAAUUUCCCUUGCAUUGUAUAUUACGAGUAUACAUGACAUGUAUUUACUAUUUUGUAGCUCUUGUCCCUCCUCCACUCCUCAUUGAAAUAUCCUAGAAUGUGCACGCCUUUAAUACAAUUAUUUUGACAUAAUAUACGAGUAUAUAUAUAUAUAGAAAUAUUACGCCGAGAAAGUAUACAUAGAUAUUAUACAUACUUUCUCGACGAUAAUAUUAUUAUACCAUUCUGUACGUGUUGUAACUUUAACCAAAAGUUCAAGAGAUUGAAUUAUUAUAAAUGUUUAUAUUCCUGAAAGCGUUGACAAUUUGACCCAGUAUAGAUAUUUAGCUGGGUACAGAAAUUAAUUUACGCAAAACCUUUGUGAAUCAUUUACCUAGCUAACUCUGCUAUAUUAAAUUAUUCCGUUUCUAUAAUAUUGUAUACGUUCGUAUCAUAUUGAACGUUUGUUUGAAUUCUUGAAAUACUACGUUGGGAAUCAGUAUAUUAUAAAUUUAUAAUUAUUCUAACAAGAAAUGUUUUAGAUUAUGAGCGAAGCAAGAAAUGUAUUGGUUUUACAAUAAUGCUGUGUUCUUUUAUACUGUGUACACAAAUUCUACCAGAAAUCUUGCUCCGAUGUAUCAAGUGUAUUACAUUUUCUGAAAAAAAAUUGUGUCUAGUAAGUACUUGAUAGGACGGUCAUAUUCUAAGUUGAUUUGCCAAAUGGUUUUCAUAAUAGUUAAGAAAAACCGGGAAAAAUUACGAAAAAAAUGCUUUUAUUAUUUUCAAUUUUAUUUUUCGCUGUAAUUCAGUUCAAAAUGUUCGUUGAGACUUGAAAUUUGGACAGAAAACUUAUAUUUGCUUUUUAUAGACCUAGUCAAAUUUCCAAAACAUUAUGCCGUUUUUGAGCUAACUAUAAACGUUUUAAUUGAAAGAUUAAUCGUUGCGUACAGAUAUACAUAUUAAAUUCCUCUUUAUAUGUAUAUCCUUCCUUCCCAACUUCUUACCAAAAACAGUGGUCCGCCCAUCGUGCGAAGUAUGUUCGUCUUUUUGAAACGUUUAGUUAAAUAUAUACCUAUAUUAUACUUGAAUAACAACCGUUUAAAACGACCUAUCUAGGCUACAAUUUAAACAAUGAUUAAAAUUAGCUACCUAUUAAAAGUAUUCCUCCGUAUAAGUAUCCGUUUGCAUUGGUUUACCUAUUAUUAUUGUUUUUUCUUAUCGUUCAUUCAUACGUCCGCUGUUGUUAACUCAAACGCGGUCAGCGUUUUACUUUCAGAGGAAUCCUUUCUUUUUUUUUUUUUGUCCUCUGUGAAUACAAAUAUACGUACCUACCUAUAAUCACGGUCACGGUUUCUUUAGUAAGUAAUUUAAAUUGGUUUUAUUUUUACUCUGAACUAAAAAAAAAAAAAAAAUACAUUUAAUUUAUACUAUCUGUAAUGUAGGUAGUUAUUUAAUGAAGAAUCGUAAAAUGCAAUAUAAUUAAUAUAACAAUACACCUAAUAAUUAAUGUAGGUUACUGUUGCAGCAUGCAGGUUACCUACUUACGAGAUAUCUCAGCUACGGUACCAUGGUUUUGAGAAUUUAACUAUUUAAUUGUAUCGCUUCCAAUGAAUUGUGAAUUAUAUUUGACGAGAUUAAAAAGUAAUACACUUUCAAACAUAACCAUAAUAAAGAAUAGAAGCCAUAGAUCUCUAAAACAAUAGGUACACACAAUUUUAAAUUUAAAACUACUGUACUAUAUUAUUGAAUACCUGUUUUGUUACGAACUAUGUAUGAUAGGGUCAGGACGUUACCAUGGCUUACCCAAGAUUUUUAAAUGGCAAAGUAUCAGAAUAGAACUUCAAUAGAAAUGUAUUAUUAUUUUUAAUAUUAUAAUGCAAGCAAAGUGAAUCUAAAUUAUAAAGUCUUUUUAUUGUGGCCGGGGACGUAACUAGUACAAGAUAACAGGGAGGGGGGAAAAUUUUGAAAAUUCAUAUAAGGCACAAAUUUGUUAUGAAAAUCAAACAAACAGUAUACUUGGGGAGCGAUCCGCCUCUGCUUGAGAAUAUAGCAAAGAAUACAAAUUAUUUAUCGUUUUUAAAAAUUGUACAAACUGUGUUAAUCAAAUAUUUAAAAGAAGCCGCAUUGGUGUGACGUGUACUAUUGUCUGUUAUUGUUUUCAUAAAAAUGCUAUUGUAAUAUAAUAAACAUUAAAAAAAACCGACAUUUAGUUCGCAUGUCGCACUAUGUUGUACCAUUGUUGUAGGUGGGAAGGUAGGAUAUAUUAAUCUCCUUUAACCUAAAUUUAAAAGUGGAAUAUCUCUUAAACGGCUUGAUAGAAAUCAAAAAUAUCAACACUCAAAUCUAUUUUAACUAAUACUCUAUGUAUUUAUGGAAUUUUUAAUAUAGGGUGCCACUUGAAAAUCAAAAGUAGGUUGUUGUUUUACCCCCGAAAAUAAGGAUGAAAAAUAAAACAUAAAUAUAAAAAUGUAGAGCAGCUUGUUUCAUAAAUGUUCUAGAAAAAAAUUCCGAAAAAAGUUAAUACUUUCCGAGAUAAUGAGUAUACCCACUUAAAUGAAUCGCCCAGUAUACUUAUGCAACAAUAAAUCAUUGCUAAUAAAAUAUGAUUCUGAAAAAUGUUCGGCUGAAAACUUUUUAAUACAUUUUAAUUGAAAAUUAUGACUAUUAAUUUGUAACUAUAGUUAUUGUGAAAUAAAUACAGAGUGUCUCAUCGUGAUCGACGGUUUUUUAUAGCGCUGUUAAUAUUAAUUUUUUUCGAUUCCUUUUUCGAUCGGUUCGUCUUCAAGGGGGACAUCAAUUUGGAGAAAAAUUAAAUUUUUAUUUUUAUCUUCUACACACACACACAACACGCACAUACACACACACACACACACACACACACACACACAAAUAAUAACUUUAUUUAUUCACUUUAGACAAUUUUCAAAACACCCAUUUUGUAAAAAAUCGUAUUCAAACAAUUUAAUGCAUCACAUAUUCAUAUCCGAUGAAUAAUUUCUUAGUUAUAGCCGUUUUAAUUUCUAGAAAAUAGGCGUGAAAACAAUUAAUAUCCAAUAGAAGGCAACGAAUAGCCUACCGUGCUGAUUGUAAUUCCUUAUCUUAUAACGUGCAGUUAUUUUAUUGAAUAUUAAUUGUUUUCACACCUAUUUUUUAAAAAAUAAAACGCCUAUGAUUAAGAUAUUUGUAGUGCCAGAAAAAUCCGUCGAACACAGUGGGGAAACACUAUAUAAUAUAGCUUCUCUAUACUACUCUAGUUAUUCUUCAAUUUUCAUGAAAUAAAUUAUUAUCUUUACAAAACAUGUAAUUUUUCCCCCCUCAUCGAACACAAUAUUAUUAUUAAUUAUUAAAUAUUUAAUUUUUCUAACUAUGGACACAACCGAAUAGUCGAACUAUUCAAUAGUUCGCAUUUGAACUAAUCGAUGGAUUCGAAAACUAUUCGAACUAGUUGUUUCUACACAUUUCGUGGUUUUUGUUAAUAUUCGGUAGUUAGUCUUUCCAAUAAAACAUUCGAUUAGAAAAUUAUCUGUAGUACUUUAGUAUAUAAACUGUUGGAAAGUGUCCAUUACCACCUUUCUUUUGAUCUAUGUAAAUUUCCGUAAUACACAGUAAUAAAAUUUUACUUUUUACUCAUUGUAUAUAAUUUAUUAUGUUAACGUUUAUGAGAAAUAAAACAAAAAAAUGACAGAUUUAUACGAUUUAUAUCAUGGCGAAUAAAUAUACGUAGGUAGGUAAUAAAUUUUCCUAACCGUUCAUCAUUUACGGUUGAAUAAUUUAUUAUCGUUUUAGACGAUUUUACGGGUAAUAAUGUUCUCAUUCAAAAACAUAAAUUAAACAAACAGUGAUGAUAUUAUUGCAAUAGCCGUAUAGUAUAACCACCAUAACUCGUACGAAUUAAUUCAUAUUUUUCGAUUUUAUACCUAUCAAUAAAUAACAAUCAUUGAUAAAGACUAUACCUACGACAAAUCUCUCGAAACAAAAAUCAAUCAAUAGUAUACGGGGUAUACCGAUUUAUCGUAAGAUACUCAUUAGAAAAAUAUUAUCUUUUUUCGAAAUCUGUUUUAAAGAGCAUUUAAGAAACAAACUGUUCUAAAAUUUUAUAUUUACAUUAUUUUUUGUCACCCUAAUUAUUGGGUGUGAAACGACUACCUAUUUUUGAUUUUCAAACGGCGACCUACACUAAAAAAUCCAUAAAUAGAUUGAGUAGUAGUUAAAAUAAAUUUUGGUUUUUAAAUUUUUAAUUUCCGCCAAUCCGUUGACGAGAUAUUCCACUUUUAAGUUUAGGUAGGGAGAGAAUAGUUGAUCAUCAUUUGUGUGGCGACACAGCGCGCGGCGUUUUAAUAAUGUAACACUACUUUCCCCCGAUUCAAACUUAAAAGUGGUAUAUCUCGUCAACGGACUGACGGAAAUUAAAAAUUUAAACAACAAAAUGUAUUUGAACUACUACUCAAUCUAUUUAUCGAGUUUUUAGCAACGGUUGCAAUAUGAAAAUCAAAAGCGAGUAAUCGUUUCACUAAAAAUUAGAAUAACAAAAAAUAACAUAAACGGAAAAUUGCAGAGCUGCUUGUUUUUUAAAUUGUCUAUAAAACAAAUGUCGAAAAAAGUUAAUACUUUCCGAGAUAAUGAGUGUCUUAUGAUAGAUUGAUCACCCUGUAUACGUAUAAUAGGUCUAGAAUCCGGACCUAUUAUGAUUUUUUCUAGAUUUCAGAUAAACUGAAAUAUUAUUAUAAUUCGCUAUUUUCAAACACGAAUUAUUUUGUGCGGAGCUUAUUUCUAUAACAGGUGUACUAUUUAUUACGCGUUUACGUUGCCCUAGUGGAUAUUCGGGAAAAAUUAAAAAAAAAAAAAAAAAAAAAAAUGAAUCCGCCGAAAAAACCAUAAUAUGUAUUAACAACUGUAAUAUCACCAAUGGGUGGAUAACCAAACAAGAAACGCUACCAGAUACGUACGUGGUCCCCUUCCGUUGGUUUAGGAAUGUAACCUUGACGAACACGACAUUACGUGUGUAGGUUAAUCACCUCCUGUGCCGUACACACGACGACGGCGUUUCUGGAAUACGAACGCGACCGUACAUCCUCGUCGUCGUCAGUACCUAAUGAUAAUAUUCGUCUGUAAUAUUAUUAUUUACGGUUAUUUUUCCGGACAAACCGGUACGAAACAAUUAAACGGAUACGAAUUUUAAGCGGUUAAAAUAAGUAACCGACAGAGUGACAAAAGUGGGUGUUGCAGAACGUGCAUAUAGGUACGCUUGUUUUCCCUGAAUUUAUAAGUCCGUUUGCCGAAGCCGGAAAGUAACGGCAGUUGCUAAACAUUAUCCUACCGUAAUGGACGUAAUGGAAAAUCUAUGGUUGUAUUAAUGUAAAUUGCUGUAACUUCUGUUAAGUCAUAUAUUUUAUUCCCCCUGUAAAUAUACUGACUUUGUAACUAUAUAGUUACCAAUUACCAAAACAAAAUGAGCAGAUAUUAUCACUUCGUUACAAUAUUACAGUUAAUUUAAAAAUGUCUUGAUUUUGAUGGUUUGAAUUUAAACUAAUAUACUGAUAUUAAAACAAUAUUUGUAUAUUAUUUUAUAUAUUAUUAUUUAUAAUAUUAUUAAAACAAUAUUUUCAAAGUUUACCAAUUCAUAAGUAUAAUUUUCUUAGAAAUAGCUUUCUGCAGAAGUAACUAUAUUGACUUUAUUCUAACGAGUUACUUUUGCUUGUAGGUACUUGUAAACUUUUUAAUUAUUUAAUUCACUAAAUCAAGAUAAGUUACUGUGACUUGACUCGGUUACUGAAAUUGAGUUACUUGUCCAGUAUAUUGCACAUUAAAUCCACUCGAGCCGAAUUUUAGACUCGGUCAAACAUUCAACAAGCUAUUGCUGGUACGUUUUUUUCCAUGCACGAACAAGUCCUAAAAUAAUUAAACAUAUGAUAUAAUAUUAUACUUGUUAACAAAUAAUACAUAAUAAAUAUUUAUCGCGAUUUAAAUAUUAAGCAACAUAACAUGCACACGUUUGAAAUGUUAUUUUAGUCAUAAACGAGUGUAAACAAUUAUUUCGGGACGUGUAUAAUAAUAUAGUGGAUAGGUAAAUAAAGGUUUUGUAAAAUUAAUGAUUAUUAUUAUAGUUGGUAUGUCUAUCGAAACCGUGUGUCCGAGAAAAAAAAAACGAUUUAAAAUAUCUACUAGAAAUAUUGGAACGAAAUAAAAAUAAUACAAUUAUAAUUAUUGUAUUUAAAAUCAUAUUGUGAAUUCGAAAAAAAUUUACAUUUUAUAAUACGAAUUAUUAUGUUGUAGCGUAUUUGAAAAAGUUCAAAACAUCUGUCGUAUCGUAAAUGUGGUAUCCACUGGGCCAUUAAAUUUGUGUAGUGAGUGGCGUUCUUUAAUAUUCGAUUGAAAAAAUUGAAAAUUCGGUCACAACCGUUGACGUUAGGGUUUGGCGGUAGAUGGCGCUUUCGGAGUAUUUCAAAAUUUUACUCUCGUGUAUGUUCACAUUGAUUCAAUGUCUAGUAUAUAUAUACGGCUACCAGACGAGCAACCAACAUUUCACAUUUGACGCCUUACCGUCGGGUCUACACUCGUGGCGCGGCAACCGAGCGGUUAGGUUAGGUUGCCCCUAAACCGACCCGAGGAAUGUCCCCGGAUCCCUAUUGCAGAAAGUGCAAACGGCUUAAUGCCGAUCGGUUCCGGCCCUCCGUUCGUCCGACGCUCCUGACAUGGAGACGGGACGGUAGGCGUGUUAGGCUGACUGUGGUCCCUGAUAAAUGAAACUUAAGACAGGACAACUGCCAAAACGGUCCAUCUCAUCAACUUUAACGGAUCCAUACGCGUUCUGAAAUGAGAUUCAAAUUUUUCGUUUUUAUAUUUUAAUUACAAUAAUUUUAAUAAUUUUCACUUUAAUAUUAAAUAUUUACUUUUCUAAAUGUUUUCCCGAUUCCGCGUAUCACCGUACAAAAUUAAUUAAUUACUUCAGAUGUUUAAAUAUUUUUAAAGAUUAACACUUGCAACAUUUUAUACGUAUCAAAAAAUAUUAUAAAUAUUUAUAUUCUAUUCACAUUUAAGAACGGUUCUAGGCAUAUAUUGAUUUUACAAUAUUUAAUUUUUUUUCAUCUGUGAACAAUUUUUCUACCAACAAUUUUGCUCCGAUUUUCAAGUAUAGCACUUUUUCUGGAAAGAAUAUGACUGGGGUGAUACUCUAAGUAGGUAAUUUUUUAAUUUACCCAGCUGUUUUCAUAAUAAAUUGGAAAAACCGGGAACAUUUACGAAAUGUAUUAUAUUGUUUUUUGUUUUGACUCAGGACUGGAAACUUAUAACUGCCUAGACGUAGUCAAAUGUUCAAAACAUUGUAGCCAUAUUAGAGUUUUGUACAGGCAUUUUAAUUUUACGGGAUUUUUUUUAUGUAAUUUUUGUUCGAUAGGUACUUUGUGGAGAAAAUUGUUAGACCAAACAGAAAUGCUAGAAAAUUUAAUGGGAGGUUCAUUAUAAAUUAUACCAAGUUCAAAAAAAAAAAAAAAAAAAUAUUGAGCUUAAUAUAGUAUUUAUUAUUAUUUUUUUUUUUUAUAAGAAUUUAAGUAUCAAAUUUUGAUGAAUUCGUAAAUAUUAUGGCUUAAUUCGUAAAUACUACAAAGCAACACUAUUAACCGAACUCCGUUCUGAUUCGUUUUUCGAUAGCAAUCGACCUUCUACCUUCCCAACUUUUCUCCCCUACAACUGUGGCCCACAGUAUUUCCGUAUCUUUUUUAUUUUUAUAGAUAUUUUAAUAUUAGUAUUGUUAAUGAAAAUAAUUAUGAAACAUUUAUCGCUUAAGGUAGCGAAGAAGAUAUUCAUUUUCUAAGAUGACGUGUUUUCUUCAUUAUCGGAAAGUAUUUUUUCGGUUAUUAAAAAAAAAAAAUGCUCCGAUUUUUCACAUUUAAAAAUUCUAAAUUCCCAAUAGGUUUUCUAAAAAACUAAAAACUGUUGUUAAUUUUUAGGUUACCUAUGUUACAAGGGAAAAAAUACGUUAUAACCGAACCGGUUUAUCUAAUUUCGCUCAGAAUCGGUUUGUAACGGUUUAUCGUUGCUUUCAGUAAAUAGACUAAAUUACCCUAUAUCCUAUAUAUACUUUCCCAUAUUCCCGCCAAUAAGAAAGUGAUCUACACAUGGCGCGAAGUAUGUCCUGUUUAUUUCUAACGUUUCAACGUAUAAAAUAUAAUAUGCCAUUUUUUUUUUGCAACCAAUGAACCAAACUAGACAAAAAAAUAUUCUUUUAGAAUCACCGUUCGUUACGUAAUAACGUAUUACGCCUAUAUUAUAAUUUAUCAGGAAUCAAUUGGAUAUCUUUAAAAAUUUUUUUAAAUUAUUAAUAUAGAAAAUAGAUGUUGUUGGCCCGUUGAUUAUUGUAACAUAUAAUAUACACUGUCUGAAAAAAGUUCCGUUUGCCUACCAUUUUUGAGUUUCGCGUGUUUAUACUUUAUAGUACAGUUUAUAAAUAAAUAAAAACUUUUUAAACAUUAUAGUCGGCAUUAACCGGAUAAAAAAGUUCACGACGAAAUUCAUCAUUAUAAUUCACUCAAUUUACAUAAUAAUAUAUUCUACUCUACUCACUAUAUAUGUAUACUUUCCAAAAGAUGAUUAAUAAUGUUGUUUGACAUUUUAGAUUUCGAACGAGCCAUCGUAAUAUUAUUAGUUUUAAAUGAAUUUUUCUUUUCUUCGGAAAAUAUCUACUGGCUAUGUCUUCUCGAAGUAAACCUAGUGAAAAGUAAUAGCAAAAAAAUUAAAGUUUUUUAGGUAUAUUAAUCUAUAGAUAUAAGAUAAACAUAUAUACAAUUUAACCAUAGAGUAUAUUAUGGUAGGUACCUAUGCCUACCCCGGUAAUCUUUAUAUUAUUAUACCAUCACAGUAAUAGUUAUCUUCAAUAUAAAGGUAUUUUUUUUUGUUGAAACAUAUUUUCCCGGUAGAUUUUAAGCGUUUAACAAAAAAUAAAACCUAUAUAUGUAGAAGCAGGCUAAUAUUAUAUGUAUAGGUAGUAGAUACAUAUUAUUUCAAUGGUAAAAUAGGCGUAAUCACAGAAGCGGAGUGGGAACUAAAUUCGGACAGGGCAAUUAAAAUUUAUCUAGGCCAACCAAUAAAAUCUACGUACUCGGCAAACAAAAUUUCCCUCACGUUUUAAUUUUAACCAGUGGUGAAGCUAGGAUUUUGAAUUAAGAGUAACUAUAAAUACGUUUCUACUUGAGACACGGGCGAAGAUAAAAGAGGUAAGAAGGAGUUUGGACCCUUCGAAAAAAUGUAGAAAAGUAAUUUCAUACACAUACAUUUAAUGUAAUAAACAUAUACUUUAAACGGAAAUGUGUUUAAAAAAAACUUAAUAGACAGGUAACUGAUAUAAUAGGUAAUAUUAUGUGUCUUGGUAUAACAUUUUAAAUAAGACGAAUAAGUAAAGUAUUGUAUUGUAUACAAUUAUCAAGCCAUUUGGAAAAUUUUCAUUUCUAGACCAGCCACUCUGCCACGAUUCCAACAUACAUAUUAUGUACCUAUUGACUGGUGAUCUCCAUAUUUUAUAAUACUAUAAUGUUGUAUUUUUCAGCCACCGUUUUCAACGGUUCGAUUCACCGGCAUGGUGGUCGUAGCUUAUCUAUUCAGUACCGUCGUAUCACUGGCUAUACCCGAAGAUAACGUCGCAGGCCUCAGCUGGCAAUGGUUACACGCAUUUACUCCUCUAGCCGCGGCUUUGGGUAAGCAAUUUAAUAUUACAGUAUAUGGUGUACCAUAAGUGUUACUGCCUGCAAUAAUUAUAGUGUUGUUAAAUUUUCAAAAUUUCUUUUCAAACUAUAAUAUAAUUUAUUUGGAUUUGCAGUUCAUUUUAGUCUUGUACAAAAUUGCACAUUACUAGGUAUCAGAGGCGUUAGGUUUUAAAAAUGCCAUAAGGAGCUCACUAUUUUAUAAACACAUGUACCGAUGUACCUAUAUCUUACCAUAUAUUUCCUAUUUUUAUAUUCCUUAAAUUGUUCGUUAAACAAUAACUAAUAAAAUAUGGUUAUUUGUUGUUUUGUAUGUUAUAACAUUUACAUUUUUAAUAACAUCAUGAGAAAUCACCAGACAAUCUACACUUUUUCUCUGCUAUCAAUAUCAAAAGAAAAAAAAAAACGUUUAUCUUUCUCAAUUAAUUUGUUAUAAAUAAAAUUAGUAUUUUGAUGAUGUACAUGAUAAAUAUUUUUUUUUUUUUUAUAUACAUAAUAUGAGAACCGUGGGGGGAGGGGCUGAGUUCCAUCUUAUUAAGUCCACGGGGGACCGCAGCCCAGCCAGAGCUUAACUGUACUUGGCGCCCCUGCUAGGUAAAACAUCGCGUUAUACUAUAUAUAGUUAUUCAUUUUCUCUAUAAUAAACCGUCAAAAUAUGAUGCACACUUUUAAACUAUUCUUAUCAAACGACGAAUAAAUACAAUAACGAUUAUUGCUAUUAAAAAAACAAACGGUUUAACUGUACAAUUAAAUUUACUCCGUAACAAUAAAUAAAGUGUCCGUGAAGAUACUUGUAAUUUAUGUUACCAUACAUUAUGACCGACGAACGAUUAAUAAUUCGUUACAAUAAACGCCCUCACCGCCCGUAUUUGGGAAACUGUAUUUAGUUUCUUUAUUUAUUAUGUACAUAAUAAAGGCAAUGCCCACUAAAUUACAAUAUUAUUACGUAUUAAUAAAACGUUUCGCGUGUGAUUAUUAAUUGCAUUGAUGAAUUUACAGGCGUGUGGGCUGUGGGAAAUAUUGGCCAUGAAACAGGAUCUUUGAAAUGGCCAUUGAUAUGCGCAUAUUUAGUGCCUAUUGUUGGAAAUCCAUUGAAAACGUUUAUUUUCAAUACGUGGGGUUACGAUAUUGACGAGUCCACUUCAUUCGCUGUAAUGAUUUUAGCAACGGCGUGGGCAUUUGACCAUUCGGAAAAACGGUGGAGACCGAAAAACCAAAAGACUCCCGGCACGUUAAAGUAAGCAUUUUUUUAUUUUAUUUUUUUUUUUUUUAAGAUUUAUUCUGUAUUUUUCGAAAAGUUAUAAUUAAAACAUAUAAUGGACAUUUUAGCUAAAUUAUUUAUAAUAAAUUUUGAUUAUAAUUUUAAAUGUUUUAAAUAUUAAGUUAUAAGUUUAAAAAAACUUUUAUUUAAAGUUUUUUUUUUCUAAUUAAGUAUACACGCUGUGAAAUAUUUAUACUUACCCCGGGGUGGUUUUUUUUUUCGGAUUCAAUGUUAUUUAGAAAAAAUGAAUUAACGAGCUCUUUUUAACCGGCCAACAUAAUAUUGUUUAUAUUUCCAGGCGAAUAUUCGUGAUCAGUAUGUGCUGUCUAUUGUACUUGGCUUUGUGGAGCAGUUAUUUGUAUUUUAACGCCAAAGUGACAGACGACGACGGAGACGAAGUACCAUUCCACGAGGCACUAGGUCAUUUUUUCAGUUCGCCUUGGUGGCUGGACGUGAAACAAUCGUUUAUCGACGUGUGGCUAUUCGCCCAAGAGCACGGCUGGAUGGAGACGUGGCGACAAAUAGUUUCGUUAUCUGAUCCUUCAGGCGAACAGAACGCUUUCAAGGUGAUAUAUUGUACAAAUAAAUCGCGUGCACCUAUCGAAAUUAAUGCGUUGCAAUACACUAUCUAUUUUGUUAUUAUAGUAGUGUGUAAUCGAUUAUAAAUUUACAGAAUUCUACGUCUAUUGUGUAUGGAUUAGCCGAAAUAAUAAUACGAGCGCAAGAUAUAUUUUACAGGAAAACGCGUGUAGAUUACCUUUGUCUGUAUAGUAAUUAUUUAUUAGUAAUUAUAAAUUUCGGGAAAGAAUUUCCGCCCCGCGUCUCUUCAACUGUAUGAUAUACUCAUUUGAUAACGUUGCACCUAUCUUAAUGUAGUCAUUAAUUUUAAUUGGCAUUACCGACAAAUUCACGGCUUACCAAUCUCCAUUAUUACGAUACACAGUCAUUUUUAACACGUAAAAAAUUAUUUUGAACUUGUUAUUGUAUAUAGUUAAUCGCUUUUGUUUUUUUUUCCAUCUAAAAAAGGACGGUGAUCCGUCAAUCGUUCCUCCAUCAUCAUAAUCCGCGUCAUCCGUUUAAGCAUGCGUACACCUGUACAGUAAUCUUAUCGUGUUAUUGUCGAAAUUAUAUUAUCAUUUUUCUUUUUCGUUAGUACACAUGACGUAACCUAUGCCUAUAUAAUAAUGUUCCGUUAAUAAUGCAUCGUCAUCUAUUGAUUUUACCUUUUCGGCCUAGUUAACCGCGGUAUCGGCGAAAAAUUAAUUAUUUAACGCAAAAACAAACAUCAACUUUUAUAGUCAACGGAGUUUAAUUAAAUUGUUUAUUUUAAUGUAACGCAAUAUACUAUAAUCCGCCUAGGUACAAUGCGUCCAAAGAAGAAACUGGAAACUUCGUAAUGUGUUCUCCACUGUAAUAUACUAUACUUUUUGACACGCUAUUAAUAACGCAACUAAACAUACUUAAUAUUAUAUAUAUAUAACGCGCCUAAUUAUAUCUAUAUAUAGUUUAUACUCUAACUUUAUAAAAUGUUUUAUACAUAGCGACACUUGAAAUUUCAUAUUAAUUCCUGAGAGGUUGAAUGCGUUUUUCAUUUUCAAACGGUCUUGCGUUUCUCCGUUUAAUAAAAUUACAUUUUUUUUUUUUUUUUUUUUUUUCUUUAACAGCAUUUCUUUAAUACGUAUACAACGAAUCAAUAAGUAGAAAUUAAAUGUGUCUAAAAGAAAAAUGUUACGACUUUAUAAAUACGAAAUAAUAAUAAUACAAUUUAUAAUUUAUAAAAGUCUAAACGAACUGCAGUGUGGUCUUUUAUUGUACGCUUCUAUACAUUGUUUAAUAAUAUAAUAAUCAAAACACAAUUGGGUUUGUAUUAUGUUUAAGGUAUUGGAAUUGCGAUCUGGCGCUACUCAGACUGAAAUAAAAAAUCAAUGCAGAGCGUUAGCAGUUAAAUACCAUCCGGACAAGGCUAAAGACGACGCGACCAAGAAUGAAGUUCAAAAUCGAUUCUUCGAAGUACAACAAGCGUGCGAACUUUUACUAAACAGUAGGGCUAAAAGGCGUAGGCGAAAUAAACAAUUCAACGAUGAGAUUUGAGUUACUAUACAUGUAUAUCAUCAUUACUGUAUUAUAAAAUCGUAACAAUUAUUUUAAAAUUUACUGUGAUAAGACUAUAGAACAUUUUAACGUGUUUGCUAUACGCGAUUUCAAGAAAAGUUAUAUAUUUCAUAAACGUUCUCGGUGAGGGUACGAAAUCCUUAUGUGAUGGAUAAUUUUAAAAAAAAAAUGUACAAUUUCACUAUAAUAUUAAAAUAACACUUCACUUUUAUUAUAGCUUAAGGAAUGCCUUCAUUGGACUUUCGAUGUUUUCAUUUUAGGAACACUUUGUUAAAAUCCAUAAUAGGUAGGUGUAUAGAAUUGUUUAAUAAACACUAUGCAAUAUUUUAUAGUUGUAAAAUUAACAAUUGUUUAUGAAUGCUCAUUAUAAUUAUAUACAUUUUCUAGUUUGUACUAAAUGCCAAUUUAAUAUUAUUAUGAUAAUAAUUUAUUAUUUAUUAUGUCUAUAAUGUAUACCAUUCGUGUAAUAUUUUCGAGAAUUUAACGAAUCUCGAAGUUCCUAUAAAUAUAAUAACAAUAAUGUUUAAGAUGUUUAUUAUAUGUAUUUAACUAUUAUAACACCAGAAUAUUGUACGACUUCAUUGUUUGUAUUUAGUUUAAAACAAUUUCAAUUUACGUCAUCACUAUAAGUGUAAUUUUUCAUAUACCUGUCAUCAUCAUAUUAUCUAGGUUUUUAAUCUUCCACAGUAUAGGUAUUUUAACCGCGAUAUUUCCAUCACCUUCUAUGGAUCUUCAAAUAUUUACAAAAUUUUGGUCUGCGAAAAAAAAUUGCUUAAUAUUUAUUACUCUUAAAAGUUCGAAAUUCCAUAUUUAAAAACAAUAAAAGUCGGAAAAUAGUACCUACCAAUAAUACUAUAUAAAAAAAAA